AAUAAAUAUCAUGGAAAAAGUAACACACAAAAAGUGAUAAAACUCAAAAGUUUUUGUAGAUCAUAUUUUAUAUUUCCACUGAAAAUUGAAAGCGAUGUUCGAAAACUGUGAUCUAUUUCUCGUUCUGGAUUAGGAUCCGCAAUCAGCUGAUUAUGAUCUACCGACAAGUCUUAUCAUUUUUCAAUGAAAAUUUUAUUUUUUUUUAGUUUAAAUUUAACAAUCGCCAAGAAAGUAUAAAUUAAAUUCCGAUAGUUACUUUUAACGGUUAUGUAAUUUAUAUGCGAAACAAAUUGACAUUUAACUAUUAACCUAAAAUAUGAGUUUGGCGGGCAAAUAAAUAAAUCAAAAUGCAAAAAACAAUUACGUCAUUUUUUAAUAAACUUCCUACCAAUAAAGAUGAUGAUAAAGAUAUUGGAAAAGAAAAACUUGAAGCUUGUAAAACAUCAAAAGUGAAAACCCCUACAAAAAAUGCGACUGAAAAUCUUAAAGAGACUUCUCUGGAAGUUAACAGUUCAAAAAGAAGAAGUAAAAGGGCAAGGGUAUUAAGUAGCGAUGAAUCUGACCAAGAAAACUCAAAUACAAACGAAUCUGAAGCAAUUGAAAAUAGCAGUGAAGAGAAAUCUUCAGAAUCUGUUACAAAGAAACAAAAAAUUGUCGAUACUGAUGUUGAAGAAAAUAAAAAACGUGCUAAAGAAAAACUAAAUAAGUCAGCAGAGUUUACAAAUAAACAAAAAACAUCACCAAAUUCAAAAACUACACCAAAAAAUAAAGAUAAGAAUGAAUAUAACAAAGCUGGUAAUAAAAAUCAAUUAGAUGUAGUUGAUAAGAAAGAAGAGAUUAAACAGGAAUCUAGAAAACUUAUGUUUGGUGUUCAAAAAUCAGAUAAUUCUACCAAGGAAGAAAAGAAAAUGUAUAAUCCAACUUUAGUAAAGUACGAUCCCAUAAAAGAUGCUAUUUGGCAACACAACGAAAGGGUACCAUACAGUGCAUUGUCCAGAACAUUUGAGGAAAUAGAAGAAAUCUCAGCAAGAUUAAAAAUCAUCGAAAUUCUAAGUAAUUUCUUUAGAUCCGUUAUAGUCUUAUCACCAGAAGAUUUACUUCCUAGUAUUUAUUUGUGUUUGAAUAAGUUAGCACCAGCUUAUGAAGGUUUGGAAUUGGGUAUAGCAGAAACCAACUUGAUGAAAGCUAUAGCUCAAUCGACUGGCCGUACCCUAGCUCAAGUUAAAGCAGAUAGCCAAGAAGUUGGAGAUCUAGGACUGGUAGCAGAAAAAUCAAAAUCCAAUCAAAGGAUGCUAUUCAAACCAGCCAAAUUAACUGUAAAAGGCGUUUUUGAUAAAUUGAAAGAAAUCGCCAGAAUGACAGGAAACGCUUCACAAGGGAAAAAAGUUGAAAAGAUCCAAUCCAUGUUUGUUGCAUGUCAAGAUUCUGAAGCUAGAUUUUUGAUAAGAUCUUUAGCUGGAAAAUUGAGAAUUGGACUUGCCGAACAGUCAGUUUUGCAAGCAUUAGCUCUUGCUUGUGCUACUACUCCACCAGGACAAGAAUAUUCACCCAGUAUCCUCAACAAAGCAAAAGAUUUAGGAAAUGAUAAAUUUAAGGCGCUUUAUGAUAAGUACAGUCUUAUUUUGAAGACCGCUUAUUGUGAAUGUCCCAGCUAUGAUAAAAUAAUACCAGUUAUAUUGAAAACUGGUUUGGAAAGUUUACCAGAACAUUGUAAAAUUACACCCGGUAUACCUUUGAAACCCAUGUUGGCUCAUCCGACGAAGGGGGUUCAAGAGGUUCUUCAAAGAUUCGAUGGGUUGAAAUUUACUUGCGAAUGGAAAUAUGACGGUGAAAGGGCACAAAUACAUAUUGAUGAUAAAAAAAUCAAUAUAUUUAGUAGAAAUCAAGAAGAUAACACUUCCAAAUACCCUGAUAUAAUCUCUAAAGUAGAAAAGUGUCGUACGGAAGGAGUGGAAUCUUGUAUAUUAGAUGGUGAAGUAGUUGCGUGGGAUAAAGUGAAAAAACAAAUUUUACCUUUCCAGAUACUUAGUACAAGAAAGAGAAAGGAUGCCAAUGAGGCGGAUAUAAAGGUACAAGUGUGCGUUUUCAUGUUUGAUUUGUUAUAUUUGAACGGGGAACCAUUGGUGAGAAAACCAUUUUCCGAACGCAGAGAUCUUUUAAAAAAACACUUUAGAGAAGUGGAAGGAGAAUGGAUAUUCGCUAAAAAUAUGGAUACGACCGUCAUGGAAGAAGUAGAAGAAUUUUUGGAUGAAAGUAUCAAGGGUAAUUGUGAAGGUUUGAUGGUAAAAACUUUAGACCAAGAUGCCACCUAUGAAAUUGCUAAACGAUCUCACAAUUGGUUGAAGUUGAAGAAAGACUAUUUGGAUGGUGUGGGUGAUACGCUGGACGUUGUAGUGAUGGGUGGUUAUUUGGGAAAAGGGAAACGUACUGGAAAUUAUGGAGGAUUUUUAUUAGGUUGUUAUGACGAAGACAGCGAAGAAUACCAAAGUAUAUGCAAGAUAGGAACCGGUUUUAGUGAUGAGGAUUUGCAAAAACAUGCGGAAUUUUUCAAGGAUCACGUCAUUUCACAACCGAAACCUUAUUAUAGAUUCGAUAGUUCUUUGGAACCUGAUCAUUGGUUUGAUGCUGUACAAGUUUGGGAAAUCAAAUGCGCGGAUUUGUCAUUAUCUCCUGUACAUAGAGCAGCUUUGGGAAUCAUUGAUCCGGAAAAAGGUAUUUCACUGCGUUUCCCUAGAUUUUUGAGAGUAAGGGAUGAUAAAACUGUGGAAGAAGCCACAACGUCGCAACAAAUAGCUCGAUUGUAUUCCAGUCAGGAACAAGUUAAGAACCAACAGCAAUCUAAUAAGAUAGAAGAUGAAGAUUUUUACUGAAAUGAAUGUUCUUAUGUAACUUGUUCGCAAUAAAUAACAUUUUAAUUUUUUUACGAAU